AUGAUCAGCAUCAAAGAGGUGAGCAUCCCGGCGAGUAGCCAGCCGCUGAAGGCGCAGGCGCGGGUACCACCUGUGCGGGUUGGGCUCGUGCUGAUACCAAAGACGAAACUAGGCCUGGUGGAACACUUACAAGACCUCCACGAAACGCUCAAGGACUAUGAGCCUCCGAAAGUCAGCCACCCAGAUGUCAAGGAUCUGCACCCUCCCAAGAAAUCGCUGCUAGGAUCCUUCUUCGGCGGGGGCAAAAAGAAGAAGGUGAUCAAUGAGUUACCUCCCAACCUGCCCAAGGGGCUCUACAUGUAUGGAGACGUCGGGUCGGGCAAGACGAUGUUGAUGGAUCUUUUCUACGAUACUCUGCCACCGAACAUCGCGACAAAGACACGCAUCCAUUUCCACAAUUUCAUGCAAGACGUCCACAAACGGCUACACAAGGUCCGGAUGCAGUAUGGCAACGAUUUCGACGCAGUGCCGUUCGUGGCGGCCGACAUCGCCGAGACAGCGACGGUGCUCUGUUUCGACGAAUUCCAAUGCACCGAUGUGGCCGACGCCAUGAUUCUUCGCCGGCUGCUAGAAUCGCUCAUGUCGCACGGCGUUGUGCUGGUCACCACCUCCAACCGACAUCCGGACGACCUGUACAAGAACGGGAUCCAACGGCAAUCCUUCAUUCCGUGCAUCAACCUGCUCAAGAAACAACUCAAGGUCAUCAAUCUGGACUCGUCAACCGACUAUCGCAAACUCCCUCGCCCACCGUCUGGGGUAUACCACCACCCCCUAGACCGGGCGGCCGUGUCGCACGCCAACAAAUGGUUCCACUUCUUGGGUGAUCCCGAACAUGACCCUCCUCACCCGACGACCAUCACGGUCUGGGGACGAGACGUUGAGGUUCCGUUGGUGUCCGGGCGAUGCGCCAAGUUCACGUUCCACGACUUGAUCGGCCGGGCGACAGGAGCGGCAGACUACAUCGAGAUGAUGCGCCACUUUGACGCGUUUGUCGUGACGGACGUGCCGUCGAUGACGCACCGCGAACGGGACUGGGCACGGCGGUUCAUCACCUUCAUUGACGCCGUGUACGAGUCGCAUGCGAAAUUGGUGCUCACCACCGCGCUCCCGCUGUCGCAGCUGUUCAUGUCCAAGGCCGAGCUGGAAGAUUCGCUGGGGAAGGUGACCAAGAGCGUCGCGAACCCAAAGGUCUCGUCUAACCGCAGCGACGAGAAAGUGUCGGACCAUGCCAAAGCCAUCGACCCGGAUGGCGAAGGCGAAGGCGCCGAUGUCGACGAUGUCAUGCGCAACCUGAUGGACGACCUAGGCAUGAGUAUGAGCAUGCUCAAGCAGAGCAGUCUCUUUAGUGGAGACGAGGAGCGCUUUGCCUUUGCCCGGGCCCUGAGCCGGCUGAGCGAGAUGGGCAGUCAGGAGUGGAUCGAGAGAGGUCUGGGGCUGGAGAAGCGUGGUGGGUUGGGCGAGCGAGAGGGUUGGCAGAGGGUCCGGUCGAGGUGGAGGGAGGAUAGUUUGUGA